CCAGACAUCUCACGCAGCGGAGCGGAUGGUCAGAUAGAAAGAGAUGAACGCCUAACUACGCCGUACGCCGCCGUGAGCCUCUCAAGGUGUUGCAAAAUGCCAAAAGAGAGGGCGAGAUCAUUUCCAACCAACCGGGCUAGGGCAUCUCCUUAUCGCCCAUGCAGCUUAAGGGUUACUGGGCUCAAGUCUGAAAAGCCUUCCCUAACUGUAGGGGACGAAAGAGAGUGGGAGGAAGCUAGGUGCCCAAUAUGUAUGGAGCACCCUCACAAUGCUGUCCUAUUGCUCUGUACCUCUACAGAAAAAGGUUGUAGGCCAUUCAUGUGCGACACGAGUUACCGCCACUCAAAUUGCCUCGACCAAUUCCUCAAGUCGUUUGCUGCUCCAGAAUCAGCUCCUGGGGCAACAUCCUCUGGUGGAGGUAGAAUGGACCAAGCAGUACAUGCUGCGACUCAUAUAAGGCCUCUAGGCAACCAAGCACUUGCUUGCCCUCUUUGCCGUGGUCAAAUCAGAGGAUGUGUUGCCAUAGAGGGUGCUAGGCAGUUUAUGAAUUCUCUCCCAAGGACUUGUUCGUUGGAGACAUGUGAUUUCGUUGGUACGUAUUUCGAGCUAAGAAAGCACGCCAGAGAAGAGCAUCCCACUCGGCAUCCAUCUGAGACAAACCCUAGGCGUGAGUCCGAGUGGACUAGGUUGCAGCACCAAACUAACAUUGAAGACACUCUUAGUGCAUAUCAAUCACUUUUUGGGGACGAUUCCAGUGAAAAUGACUUUUCUUUAUCUGGGUCUCCUUUACCCUACACCGAUCUUUUCGAAUUUUUUGAAAGUGCAUCCUGGGAGGCUGGGGAUGAAUCGAUUGAUUAUGAGGUUUUGGAACGCGAGUUCCCCUUUUCUUUUCUGUAUGACGAAUGGCCAACCAAUUGAAGCUCUGUCAAGAAGAUCAAAUGAUCACACAAUGGUGGUGGCAUUCUGCAAGGCGUACCGGCAGUAGAUCAAGUUCACAUUGAUGAUGAGUUUAUGAUGGUGAUUAAAUUUGACACCUUAUGUUGGAGGUCCCGCAAAGAUAGUCCACUUUGAUGAGUGUACAACUUUUAAAUUUUAUUAACAUGCAACUUCCAGACAUUGUAUAAAAUAUAUCUACGGUU